GGAGGGGCGGGCGGGCGGGCGCUGAGGUGAGUGCUCGUAGAGUCAUACUCAGAAUUUGCAGGUGCAGCUGGGAGAGGACCUACGGACCCUGCUUUCCAAUCAGGCCUGGCCCUAUACGCGGAGUGGUCCCUGCAGGGACAGGGUCACUUCACCGACGCAGCCGGCCGAGGCGCUCGCCUGCGCUCCCCUGCCUGCAGGAGCCUAGCUAGUUCCAGGCCUCCUGUGGCCUCUUGGCCUCUGGUCAGGGAGCCCCUUAGUCCUUCCCGUCUUGGGGAAAGCCUGUCUGAAAACCAAGGCUCCAUUUCGACGCGGUAGAAAUCAUGUUAUUAAGACCCUGCUUAAAGAAAAACAUGGCAGUUUCUACCUUUAUAAAUGAAUAAAGUCAAUUACCUCAUAUUGCUAUUCUUAAUCACAAUUACGUUGAAUUUGGGAUGGGGGUGCGUGUCGUUGCAGUCGAUACGUGUCAAGAAGCUUAAAUUGCACCCGGAAAAGCCAGAAUGGAGGUAUCAAUGCCCCUACCUCAGAUAUAUGUAGAAAAGACUCUGGCCAUUAUUAAACCAGACAUUGUUGACAAAGAGGAAGAGAUACAAGAUAUCAUUGUCAGAUCUGGAUUCACCAUUGUUCAGAGAAGAAAACUACAUCUCAGCCCUGAGCAAUGUAGUAACUUUUAUGUGGAACAGUAUGGAAAAAUGUUUUUCCCCAAUUUAACAGCUUAUAUGAGUUCUGGACCACUUGUUGCAAUGAUAUUAGCUAGACAUAAAGCCAUCUCUCACUGGAAAGAACUUUUGGGACCAAGUAAUAGCUUAGUAGCUAAGGAGACACACCCAGACAGUCUAAGAGCAAUUUAUGGCACAGAUGACCUGCGGAAUGCGCUUCAUGGGAGCAAUGACUUUACUGCAGCAGAAAGAGAAAUCCGUUUCAUGUUUCCAGAAGUGAUUGUUGAGCCCAUUCCUAUUGGACAAUCUGCUAAGGACUAUUUAAACUUAUACGUGACACCAACUCUGCUUCAAGGACUCACAGAGCUUUGUAAGCAAAAACCAGGAGAUCCUUUUGUGUGGUUAGCUGAUUGGCUGCUGAAAAAUAAUCCCAACAAACCAAAACUUUGUCAUUAUCAAAUUACAGAAGAACCUUCUUAAAAUAUAGUCCUCAAAAGAACAAAUCACAAACUAUCUUAUUAUAAAAGGCUGUGGUUCUGCUUUUUGAAAAACAUCAUUCCUAGGGUUUAAGUAACUACAAGUGAAAUAAACCAUUCUUAAAAA